AUGAACACAGAUGAAGAAGCAGCUACCGGUAGUAGUGGAAACUCCUCUCUAAUGCAAAUGAUAUCGCUGAUAACACUUCAAACGACUGGAAAAGCUCAUAGAAUGAAAGCCACUGCUGAGCAGUCGCCUGGAAAAAUAGUCGCGAAGAAACAGCAUCACAUACUAAAUUUUUUUAUACUCCUACUCAUUCUAUCUCUCCAUCUCUCUUGCUCUUUCUAUUCCUCUUGCAGAGUGGAUUUUCGUCCAGGUCGUGGGAUUUAUGAUUUGCAAAUAAAAAACACCUCAUACAAUCGCGAUAAUGGCCGUUUCGAGUGUCGGAUCAAGGCCAAAGGCACAGGUGCCGAUGUGCAUCAGGAAUUUUACAAUUUGACAGUUUUGACGCCACCGCAUCCGCCGAUGAUAACGCCCGGCAACAUUGCCAUUGCUACUGAGGAUAAGCCAUUGGAGUUGACUUGUAGUAGUGUGGGUGGUUCACCGGAUCCAACAAUAACUUGGUUUCGCGAAGGCAGCAGUGUACCGUUACAAUCGUAUAUACUAAAAGGCGGCUCCAAGAAUCAUUACACCAAUGCAACAUUACAAAUAUUGCCAAGACGGGCGGACGAUGGCGCCAAAUAUAAAUGCGUCGUUUGGAAUCGUGCCAUCUCCGAGGGUCAUAAGCUGGAGACAACUGUCACGCUGAAUGUGAACUUUUACCCACGCGUCGAGGUCGGACCACAAAACCCACUCCGAGUCGAGCGGGAUCACAUUGCCAAGCUGGAGUGCAACGUCGAUGCGAAACCCAAAGUUUCCAACGUGCGUUGGUCCCGAAAUGGUCAAUAUGUUAGCGCGACACAAAUGCACACCAUCUACCGCGUAGGUCGACAUCAUGCGGGAAAAUAUACUUGCACCGCAGACAAUGGACUCGGCAAGUCGGGCGAAAAGGAUAUAAUAUUGGAUGUGCUCUUCCCACCGCUUGUUGUGAUCGAGUCGAAAACGCAUGAGGCUGAAGAAGGCGAAACCGUCUUGGUACGUUGUAAUGUUACAUCAAAUCCGCCACCCAUUACCAUCGAGUGGCUCAAGGAGGGUGCGCCUGAUUUCCGCUUCAACGGUGAGCUGCUCACCUUGGUCUCCGUGCGCGCUGAGCAUGCCGGCAAUUAUAUCUGCCGCGCCGUUAAUCUCAUGAAUCCGUACAAUUCGAAACGCUUAGAAGGCGUUGGAAAUUCCACAGUGGCGCUGCUGGUACGUCAUCGGCCCGGUCAGGCGUAUAUAACACCAAACAAGCCAAUAGUGCAUGUGGGUAAUGGUGUAACACUUAGUUGCUCGGCCAGUCCACCUGGUUGGCCAGUGCCACAAUAUCGCUGGUUCCGCGAUGUGGAUGGGGAGUUCAGUAAUACGCAAAAAAUCUUGGCGCAGGGACCACAGUACUCCAUACCCAAGGCUCAUCUCGGUAGCGAGGGCAAGUAUCAUUGCCAUGCGGUGAAUGAGUUGGGUAUUGGCAAGAUGGCGACCAUAAUACUCGAGGUGCAUCAGCCGCCGCAGUUUCUGGCCAAAUUGCAACAACAUAUGACACGACGUGUUGGCGAUGUGGAUUACGCAGUCACUUGCAGCGCCAAGGGUAAGCCCACGCCCAUCAUACGUUGGAUCAAAGAUGGCACUGAAAUAUUGCCCGGCCGUAAGAUGUACGAUAUACGCACCACACCCACCGAAGGGCAGGGUGGCGUGGUCACUGUGCAGAGUAUACUGAAGUUCCGCGGCAAGGGCAGACCAAACGGCAACCAGCUGGUGCCGGGUGAUCGCGGUCUGUACACGUGCCUUUACGAGAACGAAGUGAACUCGGCCAACUCGAGCAUGCAUUUGCGCAUCGAGCACGAACCGAUUGUAUUGCAUCAGUACAAUAAAGUGGCUUACGAUUUGCGCGAGACGGCCGAGGUAAUGUGCAAAGUGCAAGCGUAUCCGAAACCCGAAUUCCAAUGGCAAUUCGCCAAUAAUCCCUCACCACUCACCAUGUCCUCCGAUGGCCAUUACGAGAUUGCCAUACGCACGGAUAAUAAUGACGUCUACACCUCGAUACUCCGCAUAGAUCGCAUCUCACACCCAGACUAUGGCGAUUACACAUGCCGCGCUGUCAAUCCACUCGAUACGAUACGCACGCAGAUUAAGCUACAGCCCAAGGGUGCACCGGAGCGGCCCGCUGCGCUGAAGGUAAUGGAAAUAUCCCACAACUAUGUGAUACUCAGUUGGAUACCGGGCUUCAACGGUGGCAUGUCGAGCACAAAAUUCCUCGUCACUUAUCGACGCGUGGCCACACCACGCGAGCAAACUCUCUCCGAUUGCGCGACACACACCUACACCACCUCCAUUGUGAGUAGUCUAGGCGGCAGCAGCAGCAGCAGCAGUAGUGCUAGCGCUAUUGGUGGUAUGAGCGGCUCCGUCGAUUGGUUAGAAUUUGAUUGCUAUCGUGAUAAUCCCUGUAAGGUGAUGCCUUUGGAUCAGUAUCAAAGCUACAUGUUCAGAGUGUAUGCGCUCAAUUCCAAAGGCAGCUCCGGCUACUCCAACGAGGCUUUAGCCACCACAAAAGUGAGUAAAAUUCCACCACCACUUCACGUCACCUACGAUCCGAACUCGCAUGUUUUGGGCAUCAAUGUGGCGGCGACAUGUCUGUCAUUAAUUGCAGUUGUCGAAUCGUUGGUGAAUCGCGAAACGCCAAUGGCCACAUGGGAAAUUGUGGAUACGGUUACGCUGCUGCCGUCCGGCACAGAAGCCACAUUCAAAGAGGCCGUAAUUAAUCACAUUCCGCAAACGACGCAUUACAGUGCGUCGGGUCGCACAUUGGGACAUGCAGAGGAUAUAACGUUGGCGCUGGCAGAGACGGCACAGGGGCCGACGGUGCGCGUGAAAUUGUGCCUGCGUACGAAUCACGACCAUUGUGGGCAGUAUGCGAAUGCAGAAAUUGGCAAAUCAUACAUGCCCGAGACGUCAACGCUAACGACAUCCGCCGUAAUAGCCAUAAUCGUCUCAUCCAUCGCAUUCCUACUACUCGUCGGCCUCUUAUUACUCUUUUGUCACUGCCGACGGGUGGCGUCCAAGAAGAAUAAGGCUAACGCCAACAGUUCACCAGCCAAAGAAUACGAUCUCGACUCGGGUCGUCCGUCGAUUGUGGCGCAAACAAAUCAGGCGCCACCACCCUAUUAUCCCACCGGUAGUUUGGAUAGCAAAUCACUAGAUUCGCAUGCCAUGGAACUAACACUCACAGCUGUGCAGGAUAGCGAUGAGCAGCUGCAUCAGCAACAGCUACAACAACAGCAGCAACAGCAACAGAAAUCCACGGCCGCCUCUGUGGCGGGCAUGACAGUGUAUGGCUCGCAGAAUGGUUAUGGUUAUCAUGUCUCAUCAGCGCUUGGCGGCGGUGGUGGUGGCAAUGAUGUGGAUAGCUACCAAGUGACGCCAAUAGCGCACUCGACCAUCUCGGGUCGCAGCGAGUGGUCUACAGGCCUACAUUAUCCAUCAGCUGAAAAUAAUUACUCUACCAAUUCGAAUAGCAUCUGCAGCAGUCUAGCCAGCGCACAGGAUACGCUGUGGCGUGUGAAAAUGGCUGCCGCACAACAGCAACACUCCGCGGCGGCGGCGGCGGCAGCAGCUGGUGCACCAAUCUAUAUCGAACAACCAUCUGCCGGUUCGAUAACGUACGGCUCUUGUCUGGAUCCGCUGACGCAAUGCGUCGUCGACUAUGUCGGAUAUACGGUGCCACCACCGCCGCACAUAACACAAGCAUCUGCGGCAGCGACCUCGACGGCGGUGGCAACGACGUCGUCAACAGCUGGCAUUUGUGGUAGUCCACAUGAUUUUUCAAGUACCAACAGCGAAUGCCAAAGUUCGUCUACACCAACGGUAGUAACAACAACAGCAACAGCAGUCAAUGGUAGUUUGAGUGUUGUGAGCCAACAUUCGACGUUGGGACGCGAUGGGAGUAGUCAACAAAACCAGCAGCAGCAGCAGCAGCGGCGAGAAUUUGUGGAGGAGCUGCAGCAACAGUUACAUGAGCAACAGCAGCAACAACAACAGCUGUAUCAGCAUCAGCUGCUGCAGCAGCAACAGCAA